AUUUAAGUCAACCCAUGCUGAUUUAGGGUUUUAGCUAUAAGCCUUUAAGCAGCCGUGCCUUCACUUCUCUUCCCCUUCGUUGCUUUCGUCUCUGUCUGCCUUCACAGGAACUUUCCACAUCUAAAGUCUAUUCGCUUAAAGCAAUUUUCAAGAUGCAGAACGAUGAGGGACAAAAUAUGGACCUUUACAUCCCUAGGAAGUGCUCUGCCACUAACAGGCUGAUCACUUCCAAGGACCAUGCAUCUGUGCAGCUCAAUGUUGGGCAUUUGGAUGAGUCUGGCCGAUACACUGGCCAGUUCACCACUUAUGCUCUCUGUGGAUUUAUUCGCGCCCAGGGAGACGCUGACAGUGCUCUUGAUAGGCUUUGGCAGAAGAAGAAAGCUGAAGUUGGACAACAAUGAAGUUUUCUUUUUGCUUUUGUAUUACCAGCAGUUCUUUGUUGGAGUUAUUGGCAUGUUCUGUUUUAAGUUUAAACAUUAUUAGACAAAUGGAAUUGCGUUUACAUGUUACUAUAUUGGUGCUUUAACUUGAUUUCCUAUUGUUAAGAAAUUUUUUGGAGAUGUGGAACAAUAUAAGCUCUUUGAAUCA